GUUUCAUUUGAAAAUUUGUUCUCGUUGUGAACAAUUUAGGUAUUCAUACAUACAUUUUUUCAUUCUUAAAUCAAUCUAAAUCAAGUAAUUUUAAAGCAUGUUCCUAAACUCGCUGUCAAUUCUGGUAACAUUUGGUUCAAUCGUUUAUUUUAUUCAAUCAACUGAAUCUCGUUACAUUGACUCAUGGCGUAAAAUCGAAAAUUUUACUCACCAUAAUGUAAUCAAUUACGUUCGUGAAUAUGAAAAUGACUUUUUAACAAUUCUGUCAUCAAUUGGUUUAAGCUCCAAGUGUCACUCGGCGUUGAUCGACUAUAGAAAUGGUCUACUUAAUUUUGAUUUAACAUCGGUUCAAAGGCUCGAUUCAAGCGGUAAAUGGCCAAGUGGAUUACUAUCAGGAACAUUUACUGAUUUAGGAUCAUUUGAUACUUGUGUAUCAUUAGAUUCUAGUCAGUAUUGUCUUCUCUAUACAAAUGUACCUCUAUUCAACGAGACUGGUUAUGAAGGUUUCAUGCGCCCAUACGAUAGUCGAUUGUUCAAUUUCACAAGUGAACCAUUCAAAUAUUUUCAAAAAUAUAUUCAUUUUCUUCGCCGAAUGAACAUUACGACUGGUUUGUGUGUUCCUAAUGAAUGUUCAAGAGAAGAGUUGACUUUCAUUGUCGGUAAACUCUAUGAUAAAUUCAACACUGGUCUAACAGCCGAUGUUGAUUUAUGCUAUUCAAGUCCAAGCAGCAUACCAUGGCGUCCAUCUGAAGUGAUUGGUCUUUCGAUCAUUUUGUUGAUUAUUUUUCUCAAUUUCAUAGGAACUCGUUCUCCUGACGAUUCUCUUUUAGCUUCUUUCAAUUGGUCAGAAAACUGCAAAAAGCUGUUUUCAAUUAAACCAUCAGCCGAUGAAUCGAUGAACUUUCUUGAUGGUAUCAAAGUACUCACCAUGCUCCUAGUUAUAAUAAUUCAUUUCCAAAUGGGAAACAUGUACAACUUGUACAUAGAUUCAUUCAAAUUGAUGCAAAUUGCAAGCAAUCCCAUAUUCAUCUUCCUCUUUCUCGCGCCUUACACCGUUGACCUUUUCCUUAUGGUAACUGGACUUCUCAUGGGCUACUAUUUCUUUUCUGGUAAAAGACGAUUAAACUUGAUUACUUAUAUAAUUGGAAGAUGGAUUCGAUUCGCCACGACUCUUGGAUGGAUUAUAUGUUUACAGUUCGUAUUAUUCAGCGAACAUGUUCACAAAUAUUUUGGUGGACCUUUUUGGAGUGACUACAAUGGAGUUGGUUCAAUCGUUCAAUCUUGUGAAAAAACAUGGCUUCCAACAUUGCUGUUGAAUCAAUUUUGGUUUGAUAGUUCAAAAGAUGUAAAUGUCUGUCUUCUUUUCGAUUGGUAUCUUGCCGCUGAUUUCACACUCGCUAUUUUAUUCCUAUUUGUUCUGAUACCUUACCUUAAAAAUCACCCAAAACUGUCCAUCAUCAAUACAAUCAUUUUAAUUUUUGUUGGACUGGCCAUAUCAGGACUUGGAAUCCAUUUCCUUGGUAUUCCGACAACAUGGAUUACCACGAAUUACCAACGAAAAGCAUUUUUACAAUACAGCUUUGAUUUUAAUCUUAAACCUUGGCCUCAUAUAAGUCCAUAUUUCGUCGGAGUCCUAUGCGGUUAUAUUUCAUCUCGCCCUAAGCUUAAGCUAUCUCAAUUUACUCUCGUCUUUGGUUGGUUAGUUUGCAUAUUUUGCCUGUCGUUGAACUUUACGUAUGAAUAUGUAGUCAAUCGAUUUGGAAUCGACCCUGAAUAUAAAAUUGCAUUGGCUUAUGGUACGGUUUCAAAAACCAUUUGGGCAAUUGGUUGGGCUUGGAUUAUUUUGAUUCUCAAAUUGGGUUUUGCCUCAUCAGUUUCCAAUUUUCUCUCUCGUCCAACAUUUCGCAUUCUUUCCAGAAUCAAUCUUUCAGUACUAUGUAUUAAUAUGCUGAUUAUUCGUCUUCGAUCUGCAUCGGCUCGUACAUUCAUCUUUCCAUCAUCCAGUGAUGUUUUGCUCUUCUAUUAUCUACCAAUAUACAUAAUAAUCUAUGCAGCUGCCAUGGUAUCAGCAUUGCUAGUUGAAUUUCCAACCGUCAACUUAUUGAAGAGGCUCUUCUUGAAGCCAAAAUCACGGCAACCUGAGACUUGAGACAAAAUUAUUGCACUUGCAGUCGACAGUUGCAGUGCGAAACAACACAGUCAACAAAAAAUGGAAGUAAAUCAUCAUGAUUUAUGAAAUGCUUAAUCAACUAAUAUUCAAUACUCAUUUGUUUCAAUCAAUCAAUUGAAAACCUCGGAAAGAGUUUAUUUCAUCUCAGACUAUUUUAUAAAUAAACAGCUAUAUUUUUUGUGCGAAAAAUGAUCGUCAGUAUUACUGAACACUAAUUUUCUUAGCAAUCAAAAUGUUUGUUACAUACAAAACAACGAAUUUGAUUGUAAUUGCAUUUAUUUUCUCAAACAACUUGAUUCGACUAUUUAAACACGAUUCAAUCCGUCUCUUGAAACAAUCAAAUUUUUCACAGCUACCUCGACAAUCAUGGACUAAUGGAUAUAAUUUCUAUACAGUAAAUGGUCAAGAGAUUUCCCUUUUUAUAAAUCACUGAAUGUAAUCAUACUAUUGAUUGUAAUUACGCUCAACCUCAUAAUCAUCAUUUACCUGGUUUCAAGGAAAACAACAAUAUUUGUAAAAGUGAUUUCAAUUGUUCAUAAAUUGUGUAAACCUUUCAACUAUAUUUACCAUAUUUCUGUAUUCCAAAUGUAACCCUAAAUUGACUUCAAGUAGUAAUCUAACUCAA